AUGGCCCAGCGAUCUCUCGACGACCCCAGGCGCCACGUCCAGGUCUUCCCCGAGCGUGUUGGCGCAGUCGGCGCCACCGAGUUCCCACACCACUAUCCCGGAGAGGACCAUUCGUGGAACCUCGCGGCGUUUAAGAAGAACCUCAUCGUAUCGGUACAGUAUCUGACCCCGUCCGCGAUCGAGUUCGACCUCGUCGGCGUCGAUGCUCCCAUUGCCAACGCGCUCAGGCGUAUCAUGAUCGCCGAAGUACCGACCAUUGCUAUCGAGGACGUCUACGUGUGGAACAACACUAGUAUCAUGCAAGACGAGGUGUUGGCGCACCGUAUUGGCCUCGUGCCCCUUAAGAUCGACCCGCACACCCUCGACUUUAAGCCCGGAAACUACUCGCCACCGAUGGAGAACGAUACGCACGUCUUCGAUAUCCGCGUCAAGUGCGACCGUAGACGCGACGCUGCUCCUGGCGAGACGGAUCCCAAGAAACUCUACUAUGACAGUAACGUUUACACAGGCAUGAUGAAGUGGGUGCCCAGUGGCGGACAGAGCAACCGGUACCGCGACGACCCCCCUCGACCUGUGCAGGAGGAUAUCUUGCUCGUCAAGCUGCGUCCGGGACAGAUGGUCGACCUCCACUGCUUUGCGCGCAAGGGACGCGGAGCCGACCACGCCAAGUUCUCCCCUGUUGCGACUGCGUCGUACCGUCUCCUUCCCCACAUUAUGCUGCGCGGCCCGAUCCCCCGGGAACACCAGGACAAGUUCAAGAACUGCUUCCCCGAGGGCGUGGUCGAGAUUGAGAAGGAUGAGGCAGGAGAGUCGCAAGUCGUGAUCAAGAACCCGCGUAAGGAUACGGUGUCGCGCGAGGUGCUACGCCACCCGGAGUUUGAGGGUUUGGUCGAGCUCGCGCGCAUCCGCGACCACUUCUUGUUCAACGUCGAGAGUGCAGGGCAGUACGCGCCUGAGCAGCUUGUGCCCGAGGCGAUCAAGAUCAUGCUCGAGAAGAUUACGGCGGUCGAGGAGGGGCUGGACAAGCUCUUCAGCGCGGAGGAGGAGACAUAG